GGGGAUUGGAUUCCUUCCUUCGCUGGGAGCCCCUCACUCUCCGCUCCUCAGCGCGGAGGCCGGGGCUGCGGUGCGGCCCCUUCGUCUCCCGGGGCGGGGACCCCAGCCUCUCUGGGGGCCUCUCUUCGGAGGCCAGCGGCGUGGAAUGUGGGGGUUUUCCUCCGGGCUUCCCCCUCGCUGCCGGGGGUAUGUGUCUGCACCGUGGGGGUGGCGUAGGGGCGCUUUGUGCAAAAUACCCCCUUUCCCCCGCGGUGCUGGAGUCGGGGUUCGGGUAUGGAGGCGCUACUCGGCGUCGGGGUAUCUUGUGGGCUUGCGGAGAGACCCCCUCACGGUUAAAACAUUCCUGGAGUGCCGCCUGCCUGCCCGGGAGUAUCUGUUGCUGCUUUCCAAAACCGCGAGGUUGCCCCGGAGGAGAGUCGUGGGGGGAGGGGGUGUUCUUGGUUUGUUUCUGAUGGAAGCUUCGCGUUUCGAACCCUGUCGUAGACGCUGAGAUGUUUGAUACCGGGUGUCGCCAGGGAGCGGUAGUGCCGGUUGUCAGGAUCUUUACCCUCCUAUAGAAGUAGCCGCCUUGUUUCCUUCCGGAGAUACUGUUAGUAAAAAUUCGUCUUUCAAACUUCGAGAUUCAUUCCGAUUAUUUGCCCGUUAAGACCAUAAUGGCUUUAUAGUCUUAUCUCCUUCAAACCUUUUUGACAAUGUCUCAGGCUGUGCAGACAAACGGAACUCAACCAUUAAGCAAAACAUGGGAACUCAGUUUAUAUGAAUUACAACGAACACCUCAGGAGGCAAUAACAGAUGGCUUGGAAAUUGUGGUUUCACCCCGAAGUCUACACAGUGAAUUAAUGUGCCCAAUUUGUUUGGAUAUGUUGAAGAACACCAUGACUACAAAGGAGUGUUUACAUCGUUUUUGUGCAGACUGCAUUAUCACAGCCCUCAGAAGUGGCAAUAAAGAAUGCCCUACCUGUCGGAAAAAGCUAGUUUCUAAAAGAUCACUAAGGCCAGACCCAAACUUUGAUGCACUCAUCAGCAAAAUUUAUCCAAGUCGUGAUGAGUAUGAAGCUCAUCAAGAGAGGGUAUUAGCCAGGAUCAACAAGCACAAUAACCAGCAAGCACUCAGUCACAGCAUUGAGGAAGGACUGAAGAUACAGGCCAUGAACAGAUUACAGCGAGGCAAGAAACAACAGAUUGAAAAUGGUAGUGGAGCAGAAGACAAUGGUGACAGUUCUCACUGUAGUAAUGCAUCCACACACAGUAAUCAGGAAGCAGGACCUAGUAACAAACGGACCAAAACAUCUGAUGAUUCCGGGCUUGAGCUUGAUAAUAACAAUGCAACAGUGGCAAUUGAUCCAGUAAUGGAUGGUGCUAGUGAAAUUGAAUUAGUAUUCAGGCCUCAUCCUACACUAAUGGAAAAAGAUGAUAGUGCACAGACAAGAUACAUAAAGACUUCAGGUAAUGCCACUGUUGAUCACUUAUCCAAGUAUCUGGCUGUGAGGUUAGCUUUGGAAGAACUUCGAAGCAAAGGAGAAUCAAACCAGAUGAACCUUGAUACAGCCAGUGAGAAGCAGUAUACCAUUUACAUAGCAACAGCCAGUGGGCAGUUCACUGUAUUAAAUGGCUCUUUUUCUUUGGAAUUGGUCAGUGAGAAAUACUGGAAAGUGAACAAACCCAUGGAACUUUAUUAUGCACCCACAAAGGAGCACAAAUGAGCUUUUACUAAAACCAAGUCUGAGAAUGAACUUUUUUUAUAGCCUAUUUCUUUAAUAUUAAAGAUGUAACGUCUUUACUUUUAUGGACAGAA